AGCUCGGUUUCAGUUUGGAGGCUGGAGCUGGUUUUGACUCUUCCGGAACAGGGGCGGCCCUGCGCUGCGCACUGGCAAAGCGGUGGGAUCGAUGGCCGCGUCCCACCUGACAGCGCUCGUCUCCCUCCUGCCCCCCUGCCUGCUCGCCCUGCUGCUCCUCCGCCUUGCCACCGUGCUGGACCCGGACCCCGACGCCGCCGCGCCCCGCGUCAAGGCGGCCGCGCCGCUCCCCCUCCGCUUCCGCCAUGACGGCGCCUUCAAGAUCCUCCAGGUGGCGGACAUGCACUUCGGGAACGGCGCCGCCACGCGCUGCCGGGACGUGGCGCCGGACGGCGGCGGCGCGCGCUGCUCCGACCUCAACACCACGCGGUUCCUGCGCCGGGUCAUCGAGGCGGAGAGGCCCGACCUCAUCGCCUUCACAGGGGACAACAUAUUUGGGGGCAGUGCAACUGAUGCAGCAGAGUCACUACUAAGGGCAAUCAGCCCUGCCAUGGCAUACAAGGUACCAUGGGCUGCCAUUUUAGGUAAUCAUGACCAAGAGUCAACAAUGACCCGAGAGGAGUUGAUGACGUUCAUGUCUCUGAUGGAUUACUCAGUAUCUCAAGUAAACCCACCUGGGUUUUUGGUACAUGGGUUUGGCAAUUAUCAUAUAGGCGUUCAUGGGCCUUUUGGCUCUGAGUUGGUCAAUACUAGCCUGCUUAACCUUUAUUUCCUGGAUAGUGGGGAUCGUGAAGUGGUCAAUGGAGUUAAAACAUACGGAUGGAUCAAAGAAUCUCAACUCGCCUGGCUUCGUGCUACUUCGCUGGAGCUUCAGAAAACUUUACUUGCUCCUGCAUUAGCGUUCUUCCACAUCCCAAUUCCAGAGGUCCGAGGACUCUGGUAUUCAGGCUUCAAGGGUCAGUAUCAGGAGGGAGUGGCUUGCUCAUCUGUAAAUUCCGGUGUCCUUGGCACCCUCGUCUCUAUGGGAGAUGUAAAAGCCGUCUUGCUUGGUCAUGAUCAUCUUAAUGAUUUUUGUGGUAACCUCAAUGGGAUAUGGUUCUGUUAUGGCGGUGGCUUUGGUUAUCAUGGCUAUGGAAGACCCCAUUGGCCAAGGAGAGCUCGGGUAAUUUAUAGUGAACUCAAGAAAGGACAGAGAUCGUGGAUGGAAGCCGAGUCAAUCCAGACUUGGAAGCUGCUAGAUGAUGAAAAGCUUUCCAAAAUUGAUGAGCAGGUUCUCUGGAGACGCAGUACAGAUGAUUCUGACCACAAUAUCUUGUCAAGACCAGGAGCAUAAGAUUUACUUUCUGUAUGCGUCUUCUGUAUUUUAUAUGCCACGCUGUACAAUAUUUGUAACCAAGUACGGUACUCUCAAUUUUGUAGGUUAGUUGAUUGAAUCUUGGAAAUACUGUCCGCCACAGACCACGUUAGUUUUCGCAUUUUGUCUCAACAUUGAUGUGCUGAUACCCUGAUUCAGGUUGUUGAAGCUUACAACCUUUUGCC